AUGUCCCUUACAGCCAAGGAGGCAUUCGCAAAGCUUCCUCAAAAGCUACAUAACUUCUUCAUUAAGUAUCCACCAAGACCCUUUUCUGAAUAUAAGAAUGGACCAUCAGUGAUAUCAGACCCAACAAAGAAUCCAUUUUUCCCAAAUAAGAAUACCGAAACAGGAAGGUGGCAUAGCUCGCUAUACUCACGCCGAAGAUCUGCUGACUUGUACAAAUUGGCGAAGAAAUUUGGCAUACAAGAUCUUUUACCACCAACUCCAAGGAAAUUCCACGAAGAGAAGUAUAACAAUAAGAAAUGGAUGCAAGGUAUGAUACAACCAGCUGGAAGAGCCGACCAAGCUGAAUUGGAGGAGAAAUUCAAGAAGAGAGAGGAAGCAAUUAAAAACAUGGACAAGAUCAUUGCCAAGGCAAGGCCAGGCUACAAGAAAUUGUUGAAAAAGAGAGAAGAAAAGAAACCUACAUGGUUUUAA